CUGACAAUCAGCUGUCCGAGACGAACAAGAGAAAAUGCAUUUGGCAUUCCAGAGUUAAUUAAAAAUCAAUUAGCGAACCAGCGCACAGCAAGUGGUCAACGAAAAGAGUGCAAACGGUCGGGGAACACCUCGCGUUAAACACAGGGCGCAGUAACCGAUCCGUGUGCAAAUCCGAUUAACUGUUUCACAGGUGCAGGAAAAAGUGUGCCAACGCCCCCACCCCAAAGUCUAUUAAACAUAGAAGUCAGUCAGCGGAAGUGGAAGCACGCUCCACUGGCCACUCGCGCACUGCCACAAGAUGCACCUCAGCGCGGAUAUUUCGAGCGCCCUGCAGCAGAUCGAGGCUGUGAAGAAGGGCAUCGAUGAGUCCGAUGAUCCCAAAUUGCAGAUGCAGACGGCUGAGAGUCUGAAUACCAUCCUGGGAAUUCUGCAGGAUCCCGUCUUCCGCACCAUUGUCCACGUGCAGGACUCGCUAUCCGAGCUCAACGCCCAGCUGGGCCAACACCCGUCCAUGCUGCCCAAUGACUUUGACAUCGAUGUGGCCGGCAACCUGGUGCUCAGCUUGAACGGCGGCGAGGUGAUGUACGACUUUGACGAGCAGCGCUCUUCCUCGCACUCCCACUCGGCGCCAGGAAGCCCAGAUAAAUCGGGAGGUAUCGGUGGCGAGGAACCGCGCCCCCAGAGUCAGAACUCCAAGGGUGCGGGAGUGGCUGACCUGUACGCCACGGACUACGCCCAGAUCCAGGCCAUUGAGCUAGUCAACGACGGCACGGGUCUAGGAUUCGGCAUCAUUGGAGCUCGCAACUCGGGCGUGAUUGUAAAAACCAUCCUGCCAGGCGGAGUGGCCGAUAGAGAUGCACGUCUGCGCUCAGGGGACCACAUCUUGCAGAUCGGAGACGUCAACCUGCAUGAGAUGGUAUCCGAGCAGGUGGCCGCUGUACUGCGGCAGUCCGGAACCCACGUCCGCCUAGUUGUGGCCCGUCCCGUCGAGCAAAGCGUUCCCACGCCGCAGUACGCCCUAGAUCCGGGGACUGCUGUUGUGCCCACGCGUGUCCUCGUCGAUCCCGCCGAGCUAGAGCGUUACCUCAUCUCCACCGGAUACCCGGAGAUCUUUGGCGAGAGCUCGACAGCCUCCACACCGCAGACCACCACGGAAGAUGAUCGGUUCGUGUAUCGCGGAGAAACCUCAAUGCUGAUCGAUCCCAACAUCGACCUCGAGGAACUGCUGGCCCUUCCUGAGACGGAAAAGCUGCAGGUAGAGCUGAAGAAAGAUGCCAACGGUCUGGGGAUCACCAUCGCCGGCUACGUUUGCGAAAAGGAGGAGUUGUCUGGCAUUUUUGUGAAGAGCGUCUCACCGGGAUCGGCGGCAGACCUAAGUGGCCGCAUCCGGGUCAACGAUCGCAUCAUCGAGGUGGACGGACAGUCGCUGCAGGGCUAUUCCAAUCACCAGGCCGUCGAGUUGCUGAAGAAGUCCGGUCAAGUGGUGAAUCUCCGUUUGGAACGCUAUUUGCGCGGUCCCAAAUUCGAGCAACUGCAACAGGCCAUCGCUGCUAAUGACAAGCUCCCCUCCAGUGCUCCCGGAACGCCGUCCAGGGCACCCCUGCCUACCCCCGUGGCCACCACGUCCUCGGCCACGACCACACCAUCUCGGAGUAUAACUCGGGAGUUGGAGGAGGAGGCACUGCCGGCGCCGGAAGCCUUUAUGACCACCCCGCCGUCGGUCACCACGAUGGCAACGACCACCUUAACCUCCUUCGGAGCGGGUAAACAACUGGUAGCUGUUCGUGAUUCCCUGGAUGGGUCCACAAAGAUCAUACCCACGGAGGUCGUACCAUUGGCGGAUAAAGCAGAGGCCAAGAACGGCGGUGUAAUAACCCGCCACAAAUACUACACUGAUCCCGAGCUUUCCGACGACGCGGAGACCGAGAUCAUCCGCAAGUGGCAGAAGAUUGUGGGCUCCGAUGUUGAGGUUAUUGUGGCCCAGAUAAAGAAGUUCGCCGUCGGCGGCUUGGGAAUCUCUUUGGAGGGCACCGUGGACGUGGAAGGAGGCCGCGAGGUUCGGCCCCAUCAUUACAUUCGUUCCAUUUUGCCCGACGGACCCGUAGGAGUUAAUGGAGUACUCCGCUCUGGGGAUGAACUGCUGGAGGUGAAUGGCGAGCGGCUGCUGGGCAUGAACCAUUUGGAGGUGGUGGCUAUUCUCAAGGAACUCCCGCUGGACGUGCGCAUGGUGUGCGGUCGCAACAGGAAUACUUCGCUGCUGCCCUUCUCUGAUGACACCCUCAAAAAGCUGAGCAAUAACUUUGAGAACCUGCUGCCCGCCACCGAUCGCCUGGUGAAGGCCAAGUCGGACGGGAGCUUGGCCACAGCUGGCUCCGUGGCCGAUGGCGAUUCGGUGGCUGCCGCCGCCGCCUCGUUUAGCAAGCUCAAGUCGCGCUCUUUGGAACCGUUGACCGGGUUGGCUAUGUGGUCAUCCCAGCCGCAAAUCAUCGAACUGGUCAAGGGCGAUCGCGGCCUGGGCUUUUCCAUACUUGACUAUCAAGAUCCCCUGGAUCCCAACGACACGCUAAUUGUGAUCCGUUCCUUGGUUCCUGGAGGAGUGGCUCAAUUGGAUGGACGUCUUAUCCCCGGGGACCGAUUGUUGUUCGUCAAUUCUAUCAACCUGGAGAACGCCUCGCUGGACCAGGCUGUGCAGGCAUUGAAGGGAGCAUCGAAGGGAGUGGUGCGUAUCGGGGUGGCUAAACCAUUGCCCAUGACGGACAACUCACUGAAGGCCUGCAGCAACGCGAGCACUACCAGCGAGGAGACUUUGGACGCGCAGCAAUCGCCACCAGCCUUGCCCACUGCUGCUCCGCCCGCCAUGCCGCCCACUGCCUUCAAAGGAGCUGAGCCCGACUUGAUUCCCGACUGGCGGAAUUAAGCAAUUACAAGAAAGGAUAGGAAACAUUCCAGACAGCUGAAUCUUUAACCGCGUUUCUGCAUCCUAGCAAACAAGAAGGCAUCGGAGUUGAGGAGUUACUUGAUUUUAAACGCAAGAAAAAUAGUUCUGAAUCUGCCGAAUUUGAUAGGAUACAAAAAACACAGACGCGAUUGUUAUUACCGAAUCAAAAUGUUAUGCAUAUUAUUAGCACCGAAUUGUGUUUGUCCCCGAAAACGAGCAUUCCACAAACAUGCAAUAUUUAAACCCCCUAGUACUAGCAAAUGAAUUUUAACAUGGUAUUUCCAGAGUGUAUGUACUUAAACUAAAUUAAAUAAUGUACCUUCCGUA